CGUAUCAUCGGCGAUAGAUUAAAUGAGGUCGUGACAGUGGCGAACGUGGCGAACGUUUUAGGAAUCGUGGCGCGUGUUAAAGUCUCCCACCGCGGCCGGCGACGAUCCUUUAUUUCCGAGAAACCACCCCUCAUCGUCGCUGCUGUCGCCACUGCCGCCGCUGUUUGCCAUCAUCAUUCGCGCGUAACUAUUCGCGGUGCGCGCAACGCAUGAAGAUAGCUGCUUAAUCGCGCGUUGUUAUUAGUGGCGGACGACAUCGAGUCGGCUCUCACUCGCUCGUAUCCCUUGUGCGAGAGCGAGCCGUGUUGAGCUGACAUCACAUCACACGUAUCCUCCGAGGCUGCGUUUCCUCGCCACAGGAGAGUCCCGGGCGAAUCCUUUUCGCGGACAUGCCGACACUGAUGCAACCGUCGGACAUCCCCUUGGUGAGUGACGAGAGCGACGAAACGGACGUCGGAUUCGAUCGAGACACACUGAUGCAUCAUCAGGAUUCGUUGCACCAUCAGGAUGCGACGCAGAACCGAGAGCGUAGCAAGCUGCUGCUACGUAAAUUGAGCCAAACCCGCGAGCGGGAGCGUGGCAAGGAACGCGAGCAAGAGCGCGAGAGAUUACAUCAAUUACAGUCGAUUAAUAAUUUGCUGCUUGAUUUACCAUUGCCGCCUUCGCCGUCACACCUGCCGAGUUAUUCGCAGGAUGCUUCCUCGUCCUCUCAAUCGGACAAGAAUGUCAGCAUCGACGGUGACAGCGCAAUUUCGGAUAUGUUUGGAUUGGGCUUGCCUCGUGGAUCGCUGAUGGGAAAUCAAUCGACAAUCGGCUCUUCGAACUAUCGAAAUUAUCAAUAUGGCAAUUACCAAACGCAGGGAUCUUCCUCACAACAGCAACACGAGUGUCAUCGUAAUCACGGCUUCUGCUCGAAUUCCUCGGGCCUGGAUAUUCCGAGCUCGCCGAAUUCAGUGACGACUCCUGGCAGUCCCAGCACCCCCGGCAGCUUCACGUCAGAUCUUUACAGCUACUCGUCCGCUGCUAGUAACAGUACAAACACGCCAUCUUCACCGACUAGCCGACCGUCGUUCCAAUAUCCCGGUUCUUCGUCAUCGCCUAGCGAUUCGUACUUUGGCCGUCCCAUACGAGGCUGCUCUACACCAUACAGUGAUUGCGGCAGCCCAACAUUAGAAUUCUCUCAUCUUCUGGGAUGUAACGGCUCGCGUUCCAACUCGCCGGCAGACUCGGAGACAAGCGGUAUUGGCAGCGCGGAUGGUUCUUUAUCCGACAUAAUAAUGAAUUGUUUAUCGCUGAAUUCCUCAUCAAAUUCUUGCUUCCCGCCAUCUUUGGACUCCAUAAUAUCGAAGACCAACACAUGCUCAAGUAAUAGAACGGCGUUUGAGCGUAUGGCUGUGAAAAAAUACUUGUCAUCGUUGCAGCAGAACCCGACGAACUCGCAUUAUUACCAGCAUCAUCAUGGGCUCGGACAAAAUCGCAGCAAUUUUCUCAAUUCUCUCUUGAAUCACGAGAAAAAUUGCUGUACUGGUCUUGGAAGUGCCGCACGCAGAUUAGCUCAGCCAGUAUCUCUCGAUCGGGUGGCGAGGUCUCAUCGAAAUGCUGCUGCACAUUGCUAUCCAACGUGCACAUGGAGCGGGUUUCUGCCGCAAAGUGCUGAAGAGCCAGUCGCUUAUUCGCCCAAGGUAUUUCUGGGCGGUGUACCGUGGGACGUUACGGAAGCUAUCUUGAUUUCAACGUUCAAGCAAUUCGGACCGGUACGCGUGGAGUGGCCCGCAAAGGCACCGUCCGCUCAGCCAAAAGGUUACGCGUACAUCAUUUUUGAAUCAGAGAAACAGGUGAGAGCAAUGUUGUCUUGCUGCACCCACGAUAUCACUAAUGGAAAGAGAUGGUAUUAUAAAAUUAUAUCCAAGCGUUCCAAGCCAAAAGAUGUACAAGUGAUUCCAUGGAUUCUCGAGAAUAGUAACUACGUCAAAUCUUCGUCGCAAAGACUCGACGCGCACAAAACAGUAUUUGUUGGCGCGCUACACGGAAUGCUAACGGCCGCAGGAUUAGCGAAAGUCAUGGACGAUCUUUUCCAUGGAGUUAUUUAUGCGGGCAUUGACACGGAUAAAUAUAAAUAUCCAAUAGGAUCCGGCCGUGUUACAUUUAGUACAAAGCAAUCGUACUUCAAAGCGAUCACUGCUUCAUUCAUAGAAAUUAAGACUGACAAAUUUACGAAGAAGGUACAAGUGGAUCCGUACAUCGAAGAAUCGAUAUGUUCCGUAUGCGUGGUGCAGCAAGGACAUUACUUCUGUCGCGAUGUGGCAUGCUUCCGAUACUUCUGCCGCAGCUGCUGGCAGUGGCAGCACUCUGUGGAUUCGAUGUCGCAUCACACCCCUCUGACGCGGAACUCAAAGACUAAUCAAGUGAUAGGAUUGAAUCCGAAUUUCGGAAUAAACAACUGUCCCCGUAUGUCAAAUACGACAGUGAUCUAAAGGAAGCGACGUUUCAAAAAAAGGGUGUCCUGUUUUCACGCGGCCACAGUUCAGUAUACUCGCUUUUUGUUCACGCGCCCGUCGUCUUCCCUCUCUUUUUUUUUUUUUUUUUGUUCCUUUUUGACUAUUUCGGCUAACCGACGUUGCGCCGCCCGAUUUAGAACAUUGGGUAACAGGGCGCAGACUUAGUUUUUAUCGCGGAGCCGCGGACGCAGCCAGUCCGACGAUACGGGGACACGCCGAUUCACACCGCCGAUUGAGCUUGCGAACGCGCAACGAUUGGUUCAUUAUCGUUACCGCGCGUGCGAAUAGACAAGAUGAAUAUUAAAAAAAAAAAUAACAUGUUUAUCAAAAAGUUCCUAAUUGCGAACGCAGUUUUUACUACGUUCGAGCAAAGUAUACUUUUAUUUAGUAUGUUCACUUAGAGAGACAGGUUCUCUUAUCAACUUUUUUUUUACCGUGAAAUAAUACUAUCGUGCCAACAGUAGAUUCUAGAUUGCGGCCGUGAUAUGGUGCAUUAGAAAUAUGUGUAUACAUGUACACGCGUGUAUACGUGUAUCCACACGUGUACACACACACCCACCCACCCACACACACACAGACACAUACACACACACUCACACAUACACUCACAUACAGGGACAUACAGACACAUGUGUAUACACAUCUUUUUCGUUAAUGUCGUGAGAGUUGAAUUGUGGCUUUCACAGUGACAAUAAUUUUUUACGCGAUAAGGCUCCGUUAUGGUAAUUUUGAGCUGGGCUCAAUAAAACACGUUAGAAUUCUCAGGAAAUCUAUAAUAGCGUCAUCAUAUGUUUAUUAAAGUAUUAAAGUAUUUCAUUAUGAAUUGUUACGAUGCUAGAAAGAUCAUUCUAGAGUGGCGAAAGUAAUUAUGCGAUAAUUAUUUGUCAUUAUUACAUUGUGCGCGCGUGAUAUAUAUAUCCGAUACUAAUGUGAUAUAACGGGAGACUUUCUGGAUGUAUUGUAUAACUCGCUGGUCGUUCUUCCAUUACGAUACUUGUCAAUGACGUUAAACAUUGUUAAUUUUUACGUUAGAUUACAAUGUAUCUGAACAUUCGAUUGCGGUGUAACUACGUGAGCAUCACGUUAUUGGCCGCAAUCGGUUGGAUUUUUCUAUUAAUAGCCGAAGCGAGCGGCUGUCACAUGUAUUUCGCUCACAUGGACUGUUUAACGGUUGACGAAAUGGAGAAGUACAUGGUCUACGAUUCUGGCGCGGAUUGUAGGGAAUUGAUUCGUUUUUAUUUUUUUUCUUUUUUUUUCUUAUUAUUGUAUAAUUGUGUUGCACCACUUCUUUGAAUAAGAUUCAUCCUUUACUCGCGUUUCUCCCGUUUUGAUACAAUUUUGUUGAAUUAAAAACCAUAUUUUUGCAGA